GAGUCAUUGUUCUACGCUCGCGCAGAAGGUUUGCCAUCCUACAGCUACGUACAUGAUCUCAGCGCGAUGAUCAGGCAUACCACUCCUGAAUUAAACUUUUGCUACGAAAUUCGCCAUGGUUGAUUGGUGGCGUUCAUAUCAUUCUCCGUGAACACCUCCAACUCUUCUGCAUAUAAUAAGACUUCAACUGCCAAUUUGCUUUUCACCUGUCAUCGACAUACACGCUCCUUAGUCUUUGUAUAGUUCCUGUCGCAAACAUGAAGGCAUCCACUCUCUUCAGCGUUACGCUCUUUUCAUGGGCAGCCGUUGCCUUCCCUGCCAAUCUCCUCAACAACCUCCCUGCUGAUCUCAGUGAUGAGGGGCUCGCAGAGAUUACAGAACUGGCGGCAAAGAUCACAAGAGCGGUCGAGGAGAUGCCGGCCAACUUAGCCAAGCGACAACUUGGUGCUAGCAUCCUGCCACCUGGUUUCGAUGCGGAAGCUCAGCGUAUCAGCACUACGGGUGAACACCGUUAUAUUGCACCUGGCAAGGAUGACCUUCGUGGACCAUGCCCAGGUCUGAACGUCAUGGCAAACCAUGGAUAUCUCCCCCGCAAUGGAAUUGCAUCCGUCACGCAGCUGACUACUGCAUCGAACGAAGUUUUCGGUAUGGGUCUCGAGCUCUCCGCCUUCCUUUCAGUCCUUGCUACCGUUAUGGGCGGCGACAUUGUCUCGUCUUCCAUCGGUGGCCCGCCCAGCGGAGGCCUGCUUGGUGGACUCACUACUGGACUUGGUCUCGUCGGAAAGCCGCAGGGUAUGAGUGGAACACACAACCGUUUCGAAGCUGACUGCUCUCCCACACGAGAGGACCUAUACAAGAACGGCAACCCGGUAUCACUGAACCUCCCUCAGUUCGAGGAACUCAUGGCCAUGCCUAUCGGUCCCAACGGCUACGAUCUCACCGUUAUGCAUCCUUUCCGUGGCUCACGAUACAACAACUCUGUCGCUACCAACGGACACUACUGGGCUGGACCCUUGACCCACUACGCUAUCAACACUGCGACCUACCUGUUCACCUACCACUUCUUCGCGAACCACUCUGCAGAGUACCCAGAAGGUUAUCUCGAUGGAGAGACCCUCAAGUCGUUUGAAGGCGUCACGGGAGAGAAAGGCAGCUUCAAGUGGGCUCGAGGUCAAGAGAAGAUUCCCGAGAACUGGUACCGUCGCGCCAUCGGUGACGACUACGGAAUCGCAGCCUUCACCCUCGAUGCCGUAGGCGCACUCCAAGCCCUUCCCUACAUGGCCGUCCUCGGUGGCAACACUGGCGAGCCCAACACCUUCACAGGCGUCAACAUCGCGGAUCUUACUGGCGGUGUCUUCAACGCAGAGACCCUGCUCGAAGACAACAAUCUCAUGUGCUUCGCAUUCCAGGCUGUUAACUCCGCUAGUCCGGACAUCUUGAAGGGCCUCCUCGGCAACGUUCUGCUUGCUGUGCAGAAGUUGACCGAUGCCCUGAAUCCUAUCCUUGCGAAGCUUGGCUGCCCUGAUCUUGCCAAGUAUGACAAGUCUUUGCUUGCCAAGUUCCCCGGUGCUGGUGCUGGACUUUAGUUGGGUGUGAGAGGAUGACUGCUAUAUGAUACCAAUAUCUACUUCACUUCAUAUAGUGUAUUAAUACAUGCGUAAUGAACAAAAUCAAGACCUAAUGCAGCGCAAAGCAAAGUUCCCUUUGAUAUUGACCUCCGCGUCGAAGCGUC